AUGGAUUUUACCAUAUGUCGAUCUUUUUUCCGAAAUGGGAACGUGGCAAAAACUUAUGGUGAUCAUUCGGCAUCGCCAAGUACUGCAGGCGCUGAAGCGACGCUCAAGCCCCUCUACAAAAAGUUCGAGGAAGCCUGCGAAAAGGACGAUACCCAGAUCGCUAUUGGUCUCUAUCAUCCCCAGGCUGUCAUUGUGAAGAAGGACGUACACGCUCUAUAUGGAGACGCCAUUGGUAAUAGCUACCGAACGAUUUGGGCGAAAAUCGGACGGCACACAUUCGAGCUGAGCAAUCAAAAAUAUCAAGGCACCGACGACUACAAGAUCACUGAUUUCGACUUCGAACUUAAGAAAUGGGGGAGUAAUGAAAGUAUUCUCAAAGGCAAAAUGCUCCACAUCUGGAAGAGAGAAGGCGAUAAAUGGCUUAUCUAUCACGAACAAUACGAAGUGUCUCAAUAA